AUGGCUAUCGACGGGCACCGCGACGGGGUGAAGCAGAGCGUGUUAGAGGAUGAUGUGUUGAAGGAGGAGCUGAGGGAGUUGCUGCGUGUCGGAGAACUUGGAGAGGCAGCGGCGACGAAGGCUGCUGUCGAUGCGGAGAACACUCGCGCACUGGUCGCCUCUAUAGAGGCGCUGAAGCAACACUCCCACAGCAACAUCGGCCGCACUGCCUACAACACCGUCAUUGCCGCAGCUGCCGGAGCGCAGCACACGUGCGAUCCUGAUGACCCUUGCACCCCGGAUGAGCCGUGCGCACCUGCUGAGCCGCAUGGUGCCGUCAGCCUUACCGCGCGAGCACAGAGUCUCGGUGUGAGAGAUGCCACGUUCCGUGCAGCGCGUACCCGGAUGCACAGGACUGACCACACCAUACCUCCACAGGAAGCUUUGGAGAAGGGGAGAUACCUCUGGGCUCCUCGCAAGGAAAGGAGCGACAAGAUGGACGAACGUGUCAUGGGUUUGGCGAGGAGGUUCUGGCACUCAGACGAUAUUUCUCGUGCGUCGGGAGACUCCGGGACGAAAGCUAUGUGGAGGCCGUCCAAGAAGGCAGGGGAGGAGUAUCACCCCCGUAGGCAGCUCAUGGUCGCGGGGGACCAAGUAUGGCACAAGUUUCUGAAGUGGCCGGAGUACUUGGGGCUUAAGGCGGAGCUGCUGAGGGAAGACAACAGCUUCACGGACCCUGGGCGGACGCUGUUCCUCUCGACGCGGUGUGGGUGCUUAGUGGAACCCAAGGUAUCGCAGUGUGCAUGCCAGAUCCACACGCAGCAGGGGCUGUACCUGAAGGCCUUCGAGAUGUUGAUGCCUGCAAUACAUGCCAACUGUGACUGCACGUGCAAGUGGUGCGACGGGGGGAGUGGGUGUGGAAAGUGGAUGGCCAUGUGUAAAGAUCUGCACAGCUUUUCUGAGGCUUUGGCUUGCGAGAAGGUAGACUUUCUUGAGGAGGACCGAGGGGGUAGGUUUGAGCACUGGGGGAGGAAGCCCGCAUGCGUUGCGAUGGAAUGUUCCGAAUGCGGGUUUGGCAACCCAGGCGGCAUCCCCAUGAACUGCGAUGCCCUGGGGUCUAUGGCGGACAGAGUAGUCGGGUGGCUUCGGUUCGCGGAUCAAGUCAUGGAGGAUGGGAAAGUGCACAAGAAGCAGCAGCUACCCCAGGGCGGAAAACUGGGUGACCUGUGGCAGGAGUUUGUGGAGCACUCCAAGAAGUAUCUUCAUCACCAUGAGCUAGCAAAGUGGCAGCGCCAAGCCCACAACAUGUGCCUGGCGACGUUCUCCAAAGGCGAGCUGUUGGUGGAGACCGACUUUAUCGAGAAGUACAAGCACGAGGCUGGCGCUAUCUUGACGUGCGCUACUGCGCCCUCCACGACCAUGAUGGUGGCCCUAGUUCACCACAGUCCUGACGACAACGGCCGGCAUGAGACAGACGCAUGGGUUUUCGUAUCGAGUGAUCCCAAUCAUGACUUCGACUUCCACAUCUACGCCAUGGACAUCAUCCUUCAGUACUACAUCACGGGGGAUGGGCGGGCCGCUACUGCUGGAACCCCGACCCCGACGGUGCACAUCUUCACCGACGGGUGCGCCAAACAGUACAAGGGGAAGCGCAACUUUCAUGCCGUAGCCAAGAGCUUGCACAGGCUUGGUGCCAUCCUCAUCCACAACUUCGCGGUCACGUCGCACUUCAAAGGCGCCCACGAUGGCAUCGGAGGGUUGCUGAAGGCUCUACUGCGAGAAGCGGAGAAAAGGGGCCAGCGCAUCCACGACACCGAAGCCGCAGCCGACUUCCUCAAAGCCUACGCCGAGGCAAAGGAGGAUGGAGGAGGCCACUUUUCAACCUGGUCUCCCUACCGAAUCAGGAGGUUCCACAUCAAGCUUCUUGGACACCGAGAGAUCCCUCGCCCGUUUGUAGAUUUGACCGGCAUCUCUGGGAGUUCCAAGCUGUACCAGUUCAUGGGAGCGGAGGUCCAGGAGGAGGAAAGCUCGGGCGUGAGCGUAGAGGUGCAGAAAGAGAGCGGGGUUCCUCCCCUCGUAGGUGGCGAGAACGAGGUUGUAGUUAACCCGCUGAGAUGGCAGGCAGACGAAUCAAUCGUUCUGACGGUUCCGGCUGUCACGAAGCGAUACAAGCUGCGCGUUCGCCAGGCGUCGUGCUACUGCUCGAAGUGCAGUGUUGGAGCUUACGACGACUGCGUCCCGGCCAAAAAGUAUGAGGGGAUGGUCGGUAUGGUGAAGGAUGUGUCGGGCAAGCACAAGGUAACCCGGACGUCUUGUGGUGUAGGGGAUUGAGGGGUGUCCGUGUUGCACGUCAUGUGUUGAUUGACGCCUUUUUCUCUUCGAUGUUCUUCUGUUUUUUUGGGUAAUUUUGUUGCAGUAUUUGUACUUUUUUUGUUGCUGUGUGCUGUUUGUUGCAUGUUGUUGUAUUCACGUUCAGCAGCAGGUCGUCUCCCUUGCGGUUUGGGAUACCAAAAAAGGGUCUCCAGCAGGAGAAAACAAUAUUUGCAGGCGCUGGUGGCUAAUAUUUUCACGGUUUGUCGCCCAAAUAGGCUGUCUUUUUCCAUAUA